UACAUUGGACACCCAAUGUAACAUUUAGUUUAAUGGGGCAUUUGAGAGAUAAUUUGGAUCGUCAAAAGCCUGGUAAUAGAGAGAAAGUGAAACUAGGUCCUGAUAUAGACUCAGAAUCUGAAAAAUCAAACUUUAAUUUUGGAUAUUGA